GAAAAGUCCGGGUGGAUUUUAUCUCUGGACUGAGAUGGCCGGAGAAGCCUCAGCUAAGCCAGGAGGACAGGUUGCCAACCAGAGGGCAGGUUGGAAAAUGCCCGUCCUCCUCACGUUGUGCCUCUUGCAAGCAGCUGCAAAUGCACUGAAGGGCCCGAGGCUGGUGUCUGGGGAACCUGGGGGAGCUGUCACCAUCCGGUGCCAUUACACCCCCUUGUCCAUCAACAAGCAUGUGAGGAAGUACUGGUGCCGCCUAAGCCCCGUGACGUGGAUCUGCCACACCAUCGUGUCCACCACCAACUACACUCACCUCGGCUACCGCGGCCGUGUGGCUCUAGCAGACUUCCCGCAGAGAGGCUUGUUUGUGGUGAGGCUGUCCCAGCUCUCCCCGAAUGACGUGGGGCGCUAUCGCUGUGGCAUUGGAAACACAAACAGCAUGUUCUUCUUCAGCAUGAAGCUGACCGUCUCUGCAGAUCCUUCCAGAACCAUCCCCAUGGCCACUCCAGCUGCCGGUGAGCUCGUCAUGGGAUCCUUCGGAGCAGUGUCACCAGCGGCCAGCAGACGGACCUUAGGAACGGCUCAGACUGUAGAAAGCCAGGGGACAGGAUGGGAUAGAGUUGCUCUGACUCCAGGGACCAACAGAACAACAGCGUCAGCUGAGGGAAGGCAGACUCCAGGAACAACUGAGGCAGUGGCUCUAGGGACGGCCAGCCAGGUAGAGGGUUCUGUCUGGGCAACAGUCCCCACUCCAGAGAGUCCGGCUUCAACAACUGGAGGCGUGUCUAGUACGACAAAAGGUGUUUGGGUGUGGGACACCAGAAGCUCAGUAGCGAAUAGGGCGAGGCCCCGCCAGGAAGGGAGGGAGACAACGACAGAGGCCGAUGGGCCACCUGAAGAAACAGAGGGAGUCGGAACAGCUCCGGAUGUCACUGGGAAGGUCAUAGGGACCAGUAGGCCAUCAACUCUGGUCUCAGAAAAAUGGGUGCAGGAAAUCCUGCAAGAAGCAACAACCGUUUCUAAGCCAUAUGACCUGGGCUCCAUUGAAGGAACUACCCCAGCUGCAGGUGUGUGGAUCCUGGGGCCCACCAGCAUAGAGAUGGCGUCUGAGGAGGGAGCCACCGAAGAGGACCUAGACAUGCCUGUUGGAGACAGUGAUCCCCAAGCCACACAGAGCCAGGCCCCAGCUGCUGGGUCCGUGAGCCUCUUGGGCAAGGUGUCCUCCAUGAUGAGCGUUUCUCCAGGAGAGAAAAACAUCUCUCGGAUCCUGAUUCUCGCCUCCACGGUGCUGUGCCCCCUUACACUUGUGGUUCUUGGCCUGUUGCAAAAGAAGCUCUGGAGAAACAAGAUGACUCAGGAGGCAAAAAGAACAGCAGCAGUCACCUUGAUUCAGAUGACAUAUUUCCUGGAACUGAGCCUCCAGCCAGACCAGCUGCCCCCCCACAUGGAAAGGAAUAUGCUCCGGGAUGACUGUCGUCCCCAGGCCAGUCUGACUGUCCCGGAGAUGCACCCUGGACCCCGAGAAAUGGAAGCAUAAGCUGCUCAGUCACCAUGGAAAGAGAACCAGGACCAAACACCACAACUUCAGUCUUUUCUCAUCCUCCCUCCACCUGUACGAAGGGGAGCUAAUGGAGCUGGGGCUCCAUCUGGGAAAGCAGAGGUUGGCCAUCCUUGGACCCAGGAAGGUCAAACAUUUCCCACAGCCAAAGGUGAUGCAUGACUCAAAGAAGGCUUCAAGAAAGGAUUGAUUGAACCCUGAUGGAGGUCACCUAGGAAAGUGUGGAAUUUCCCUUCCUGGGGGUUUGAAAAGCUAAGAGGCUUCCAAUUACUAUAACUUCUUAGCCAUCAUUCCUAGCCCUUGCUAGCUGCCCCCCUUUCUGAAGUCUGUUAGCACUCAGCCUGCUGCACACAUUUCAUCGUAUUCACGUAUACGAGGCUUGCCUUCUCAAGUACAUUCUAAGCUCCUUUAGGGCAGUUAUCAUGUUGGAUCCACCUCACUAAGUCCCCAGAGACCUUCCAACUCAGUGGGGCCCCAGUAAAUAUUUGUGACCGAAAGGCUGACUGGAGGGCAUGGGUUCAGUGGCCUCUGAGAUGCUCUGAGUCCCCUUCACUUGGGAGUUCCCCUGGUUGACUCCACCGGCAGGUGCUUUCUCCAUAGAAACCAAAAAGAACAACCCCCAUCCCUCAAAUCAUCCCUCCCCAUUUGAGCCCACACUCAUCAUGCCAUAGACUUUUUGACCCAGGCAAGAUUUUCUGGGAUUUUCCUAAACUCAUGGAUGAGGAGGGUAUUUUUCAGUAGAUUCUCACCUUCUUCAUAAAGCUCCUCUUGUUCAACUGCUUAUAAGUCCUUGAUAUCAAGGACUGUUGAUGAAGCUGGGAAAUGGUCAUUUUAAGGGGAGGGCGGUGUUAACAGACAAGGUGGCCAGAAGGAAUUUUAUGUGGACUCUGCUUUAUGAACACUUCAUUCCAUGCCUAUCGGGGAACUUUCACACCACCCUUGGUCCCACUGUCUUUUCAGGGGUCACAUCUGCUCUUUUAUUUUGCCAAAUCUGUUAACCAGCUGUCUGAACUUCAUGUUUGGGCAAAGCAGCCUUUGAGCAAUGGGAGAGAAAGAAAGGAAACACUCCGAUAUCAAGUUGAGAAUUGUCAGGUUGACAAUUCCAGAAGGGUCAGCCCUGCCUCCUUAUGCAGUCAGCAACACUAGAAACCCUCCAUUAAUACCUCCUCACAGCUGGUGCUGAGCACAGACACUGUCUCCAGAAAAUCAUGGUGAGUUAGUGGUCAAAGUUGGUGAGAGAGACCCCAUUGUUUUGGAUAAGUAGGGAAGUUGAAUGGAUCUAGCCAAAUGGAAUCAUAGACUUUCAGAGCUAAUAGAUCUUUAGAGUCUAGGGUGAAGUAACUGAGGCCCUGUGGGGAGAAGUUAUUUGGUUAAACCCAGUUAGUAAUAGAGUAAGGAUCACAAAAGGGAACUCCCAACCUUGAUCUAGUGCUUUCUCCACUUCGCCAUUGCUAAAUAAUCAAUAUAUCAAAGCAAAACUAAUAAAA